UCCUCUGUUUUUAAAUCUAACUCUUGCUUUCUUUCUUUGCCAAGUAGCUUUCCAAGCCAAGGCAAUUAAAUCACUCAGGAAUUCUCUUUCUAUUAUUGUGAAAAUAAAGAAAUUAUAGAUGCCACUUCUGUUCACAUCCGGAGGUUUUUAGCUUCUUAGGAGCCUUUCCCAGGAAAUUCAGUUGUAAAAUAAUAAAGAAAGGAUCAAUAUUCUCACCCAAUUCCAAGUAUGCUGUUUACGAUGUGCUAAUUGGUUUUUUCUUCUUUGGUUAUCAGCAGCUAAUGGCCAGCCACAGGAAUGUAGCCAGUCUUUCCCCUGCUGGUUUGGAGGGCUUUCCUUGGAUCGAUUGGAAAGACUGCCAUCUCUAUGUGAUCGAUAAGGCACCCCUCCUCCUUCAUCGCCUCUUCGGGGGUGUUCGCUGGUGUCUGUCAUACUGUGCAGAGGGGCAGCUGGUGGCAGUGCUGGAAGCUCUACACCACUUUGAGAAAGACAUUUUGGAAGGAAAAGAUUUGGCUUGCUUUCCGAUUGGCCAGGUCUUACCUCAGCCAGAGAAAGAACAGGUGAAGAAUACCCUCCUUCUAUUAUAUGGUAGUGUGACAAUCCGUGUUCCCCAGGAGCUGCUAAUGCCUCAUCUGGUCAGUGAGAUUGUGCCAAGGAUCCUACACCAUUAUAUGACACCAAACAAUUCAGAGAGGGCCAGUGAUGCUGAGCUGGUUCUGAGUUUUGCCCAGUGUGUGUCAGAAAUCAGCCUUUCCAUGCAGAGCAAAGGGAAUUCCACUACCUUCCAGCUGCCUCAAAAAAGAGUGUUGCUUGACCUUCUCAUGAAUAUUGUUAAAACAGAGUCCCUGGAGGUGCUUGUAACUCCUGUCUGUCAGCAGGUGAUGGUUGCUCUUCGGCAUCUGAGCAAGGUGCCAGAAAUGCUGAGCCCUGAAGAGAACUGGAAGCUGGCAGAGGCCUGUCUGAGCCAUGUCUUUGCUCUUCCUCCUUUGAGGGUUGCAGAAGGUGCCAAUCGGACUCUAUAUACUGGUACUUUGACUUCCUUGUCAGAGCUGAUGGAGACCUUACUGGAACCAGGAGCAGGAGAGAAUGACUUCUCAGAUUGGUUCAAGCAGAUCUUCCAGCUCUUGGGCUACUGGCUGGUGUCAGAGCAUGAAUGGGAGCGUGCUCGGGCUAUGCAGCUUGGUGUCCAUCUACUGAAAGCUUAUUGCCAGAGGACUAACACUUCUAUCUCUCAAAACCAGUUCAGCCACUUGAUGGCACUGUUGGGCCCUUUCACUUAUGACACACUGGGCACCAUUCGUCAUGGUGCUGGUAAUUGCAUUAGACUCCUGCUAAACAUCCAAGGAGCCACAAAGUUGCGUGAACCAAAAGUGCGUGUCAACCAACAGCGAUUGUAUUGCAUCCAAAGGGACCUUCAAAGUGAGAGUAGUGAGACAAUGCACACUGCCUCUCUCCAGUUGGCCAAAAUUAUCAGCUGUGUCCUGCCUGUCCAAGGAAUCCUAACCUUCUUGCACACUUUGCUGGAGCAACUGAGGACUGUGAACAGUGCCUGCGACAAGGCUAUCCUCUUGUGGUUUGAGAUGGCUGUGAAGGAACGACGGCCAGAUCUAAAAGACAAGGUGCACAAUAUCGUAGAUAUCAUUUGUUCCUUUUGGCAAUAUUCUGAAGACUCAGCUCAGCGCCACUUCCUGGCCCAGGCCAUCUGUAUUUUGGCUGAGCAUCAUCACAAAGCAGUUUAUUUCUCUCUCCUGGAGCAACCCCUGCUUCAAGACAAGGUAAAGAAGGAGCUGUGGGCAUCGCUUGCAAUUUAUAAAAAUAGUGGUCCUUCUGUCUUGAAGUGUUUGCUCACUUGGAUGAGAAUGGAAAGAAAUGACACCUGCAGCUGCCUUUGGGGUCUUGAGGCUCUCCAGGAGGUAGUCUUGACUUUGGAUGGUUCUGCCACGUUGUUUCCAUUACUGGCAGAGCUGUGCUACGUUCUUCUGCAGCAGCUCAGCAAAUAUCAGGAUGAUAAGAUGCCAAUGUUCUCUUUUUCUCCUCUAGAAAGCAAUGGGAGUCUUGAGACAGAGUACAUGACGCCUCAUGGGCUAGCUGUUAAGGUAUUGCAGGCUGUGUUCAGCAGAGCUCUGCCAGAAAUUGCAAGGGAACUGAACUCUGGAAAGGCCUGGAACUUCCUGAUGGACCCAAGUAGCAGCCUCAAAGGUGUGGCCUUGUUGGCAAGGGCCUUGAUGCACACAAAUAACCCCUUUUUAGAUGGGCUACUCCUUCAUCUCCAUUCUUCUCUGCAGUCCUCCAGAGCAACAUUUAGAGAUCUUAGCCUGAUCUUCUGCACAGAGCUUAUAGGUCAUCCUCUCCUGAAGAAACCAGAAACGCUGAGCCUUCUUUUGCAUUUAUUACUAACCCAAGUUCAAAAUGGAAACUAUCUUAUGCGUAUCUUGUCAAUGCGAGGAUUGGGAAACAUGGCAAAGGGUGCUCCAGAGGAGGCAAAGAAGUACCAGAAAGCUUUGCUGAAGCCUCUUAUCCAAGCUUUGCAUGACAACUCCAGCCCAGAAUUAGCCGCUGAAAGUCUACAUGCCUUAUGCAACUUAUGCAGAUGUCUUGGGAAGUGGCCUGCAGAUUGUACUUUCCAGAUCGUGGUCAGCCAAGCCUGUGUGCAUCUCCAGCAUGCAGAUGAUGCUGUCCGUGCUGCAGCCUUUGAGCUGCUUGGUGAACUGGCCAAGAUAGUUCCACUGAGGUUUUCCAAGUUUUUUGCCAAGAAAGUGGGAGGUGCUUUGGCUGCCCUCAUGUUACACUUCCAUGAUCCUUGCCCACAUGUGGCCCAGGCUUGCCAAACAGCCUUUAUCUCAUGUGCUCCAUUCCUGGGUCUGUGUGGACUCUUAAAAAGUACAAAUUCAGAUUUACUGCUGAUGGACCUUUUAGAUAAACAACAUUCUCACCUCAUGGACAAAGUUUGUCAACAGCUGGCUCAGAGAAACCCAUUGCUGCUGAAAACUGUCAUGACAGAGGUUGCUCAGUAUAUAUGUUGUAACUGGGAAGGAAUCAGGCUUAUGGCUUGCAAGCUGGCAGGAAUUCUUGUAGAGAAGGUGGAAACCCAGCAUCUUGGACAGUUUGAUGUAGAACAGCUCUUACAAGCUCUACACUCCGCGAGUCGUGAUCCCAGUACCACUGUGAUCAGUGCAGCCUUAGAAGCCAUUCACACUAUCCAGCAGAAAUGGCAGGAGAGCCAGACAAGGUUGGCCUCUGGACACCAAAGGAGAGCUCUGCUUUUGGGAUGGUUCUUCAGGAGGCAGCCCAAAAAAACACUGGGAGCUGCAAUGCCUAGGCCAGCUUAAAGACAAGAACCAUCUGAAAAGAAAUGGAAAUAUAGCCUCUUUCAUAGUUGGUGUGAGUGAUGGUGUGUAUUUUCCAAAGAAGCAUCCUUUUGUCUCUUGGCUAUUUACCCUUCAAACUUGAGAAGCAACAAUCAAGGAAAUGAGUGGGGUUUAUGGAAGGGAUUCGCUGAUAUCUCUCUGCCUUUUUCUUUUGCCCUUUUCUGGUUGUCUUUUUUUGGGAUGGAGGGGGGUGGAGAGAGGAACUGAUGUCCCACGCAGAGAUCACUGAAUUAGAAAGUUUGAAUCAUUAUUGUGGGGGAAGGAAUUAGCUGAACUGCUGAAGAAGAGAAGCAACAAAUGGAAAAAUAGCUUGCAGCAAGUUCCUGUGAUAUGUCAGAGUAACUCACUCAACUUUGCAAUAUUUGAGUAUUUCCAUAUUGCUUACACUAUUAUCUAAGCUUUCCUAAAGUAAUAUAAAAUACAUUUCAGUAGGUAGAAAAUAUUGACAUAUUAGUUGACCUAUCAGUGUCCUUGCUGCCUUGCAAGAUGCUUAAAGAUUGUCAUUGUUGAGCAAUCUUGAAUUCUUCCUCCAUCGCAUCUGAGAAUAUGUAGACAUUAGAGCUGACUACUGCUGAACCCUAUGGCAGACUGGAGCAGGUAAGAGAGCCUUGAAACUCUCUUGGGAAACAGUUGAGAAUGAAAUAGAUAAGAUUUUCACUUAUGAGCCCUGGUUAGAAUAUAGUAUUGCAGGCUAACACUGCCCACAGCGCAGAGUUUGGUCCUGAUGGGGCUCAAGUUUGACUCAGCCUUCUAUCCUUUUGAGGUCAGUAUAAUGAGGACCCAGAUUGUUGGGGGCAAUAGGCUGACAUUGUAAACCGCUCACAGAGUGCUGUAAAAGCACCGUGGAGCAGUAUAUCAAUCUAAGUGCUUUUGCUAUAGGUACAGAAUUUCUCAGAUGAGAGUGGGGAAGAAACUGAAAUGGGUCAAGGAGUUAGUAGGAUGGGAGUUGCUAUCUGAGAUGCUUCCAGACCAAGUGGUACUGUGUGUGGGUGUUUUCAGACUGCCAUCGAUAUAUAAGUCCUGAAAUAAACUAAGACCAUUGAAGAUUAAUUCCUGGGUGAUUCAAGUUCACUGAAGAGACACUGCAACAUAGGAUCACAUCCAUUAGGUGCAGAA